GGGUAAAGAAUGGGGAUCAUCAACAAAGAAUUGCAAUUCAGAACAAAUUCCACUAUCAGGAUCAACAUAUCCAGCAGGAUUACCAGCAUCAACUACUGUUGUUAACAAAGUACUAAGUAGUAUUAAGACACAAGUUUAUCUACUUGACAUAACAUUUUUGUCACAAUUAAGAAAAGAUGCUCAUCCAUCAACAUAUAGUGGCCAACAUCCUGGUAAUGAUUGUAGUCAUUGGUGUCUUCCUGGUCUACCAGACACUUGGAACCAACUUCUUUAUGCCACAUUGGUCAUGUAAAAUUAGAAUUUAACUUAUAUACAUGGACAGCCGAAUGGACGAUAUAAAGAAUCUUUUACACUAUAAGGUCAUUCAGAAGGAUAUGUACGAAUAACCGUUCAUGGAAAUAAGACAGGUUAUCUUCUUCAACGUUCUAUGAUUUGGACUUUUCUAAAAUGUCGACAUGUGUGUGUCGAAUCAACCAGAAGUGGUGCAUUUACAGAGAAUCUGACACAGAUGCGACAACAUUUUUGUAGAGUCCGAACAACAUAGUUUUGAAUUGUUAUUUUUUGUUAAUUGCUUGUUUGUUUUCACAAGUAUUGGUGCUAUGGCAUCUAUUUUAAUUGGACUCAAUUGUAAACCAUUGAAUUUAUGGACCAAAAAUUUUUUUGGGACUCA